AUGGGAGUUUUCUCCAAAGUCGCCGCACUAGGUGCGUUUGCCAGUCUCGCGACAGCCUGGCUACCAGAGACAAACAAGCAGAUCCAAUCCAGCGACGGAAAGAACCUCUUCUCCUCCUCCAGCGGCAAGAUCCGCGGCGUCAACCUGGGAUCGCAGUUCAUCUUCGAGCCAUGGAUAGGCGAGAGCGAAUGGCAAAGCAUGGGCUGCGGCGACACCGGCUCGGAAUUCGACUGCGUGAGCUCUCUCGGCCAAGACGCAGCCAACAGUGCAUUCCAAAAGCACUGGGACAGCUGGACCACCAAGGACGAUAUCAGUGAGAUGGUGAGCUAUGGCCUGAACACCAUCCGUGUCCCGGUGGGGUACUGGCUUCGCGAAGAUCUGGUCUACUCCGACAGCGAGCACUUCCCUCAGGGUGGUCUGGACUAUGUCAAGAAGAUCUGUGGUUGGGCAAGCGAUGCUGGAAUGUACAUCAUCAUGGACCUGCACGGUGCCCCUGGUGCCCAGACGCCGUCCAAUGCAUUCACGGGUCAGCUUGCCCCUGGCCCGGGUUUCUAUGUGGACUACCAAUAUGAGCGGGCUCUUAAGUUCCUGGAAUGGAUGACGGGCCUGAUCCACACUGUGGACGAGUUUCGCAACGUUGGCAUGUUGGAAGUCGUCAAUGAGCCUGUCCAGGACGAUGAUAAGGCCUCGUCGAUGCGCGAGAACUACUACCCCAAGGCAUUUGACCGCAUCCGCGCAAACGAAACAAACGGCGGCAUCGACAAGAACGACUACCUCCACAUUAAAAUGAUGGACGAGCUCUGGGGCUCCGGCGACCCGAACGAGCACAUCGAUGACCUGUACUACGCCGCGUACGACGACCACCGCUACCUGAAGUGGGAUACCAGCGUCGACGUCUCCCACGACAGCUACAUCAGCGAGUCCUGUAGUGAUAACCGGGAUAGCAACACCCCUACCAUUGUGGGCGAGUGGAGCCUUGCUGUGCCGGAUGAUGUGGAGUCGAGCUCGGACUGGGAUCCUAGUUCCAACACGGAUUUCUAUGCGAAGUGGUUUGCUGCUCAGGUACAUUCGUAUGAGAAGCAGCAGGGGUGGGUGUUUUGGACUUGGAAGGCUCAGCUUGAUGAUCCUCGUUGGUCUUAUCAGGAUGCUGUCAAGGCAGGUGUCAUCCCUAAGGAUCUUGGUUCCUUGCAGGAUCCCUGUAACUAG